CCACAAUUAUUAUAUUUUAAAUAUCAGAAAAUAAGUGAAAACUUUACAUCUUACAAGAUUUUUAGAACCUAGAAAAUCUUUUGAAUCCUCUUAUACAUAAAUAUAUAUAUAUACAUAUGUACAAGCUUCUCAUCAAUGGCCACCGAUGAUGGUCAUCAUCAGCAACAGGAAGUUCAGAACCAUGGCCUGGAAGAAACUAAUUCAAUCAUCGUCAUCAUGGUUCCAUUUCCGCUUCAUAGCCAUAUGAACCAGGUUCUGCAACUCUCUGUUCUAAUUUCAUCCUACAAUAUACCUGUUCAUUAUGCUGGUUCUUCCGUUCACAAUUUCCAGGUAAGAACUCGAGCUGAACAUCACGGUUCGUGUCGUCCUCUUGAUGAUGAUCACUUUUCAAGAAUUCAAUUCCAUGAUUUCGCAAUGCCUUUUUUCGAUCCCAACUCAUCAAACUCCUCUGGAUUUUCACUGAUCCAUGUCAUCCAGAACCUUCGUCAACCAGUUGGUCUUCUUCUUCAUGAGCUCUCAAAAAAAAGCCAAAAGAAUUGUCAUCAUCCAUGACAAUUUAGCAUCGUCUGUGGUUCAAGAUUCGACUUCUAUACCAAAUGCUGAAUCCUAUAUUUUCGAACCAACCACUGCUUUCAGUAUUCUAUCUCGAAUCAUUUUCAUGGAAUCCGGAAAAUUUCUUCUAAUUCCAAAAGAAUUAGGUGCUGAUGAUAAAAAAUUCAAUGAUCCAAUUGAAAUCCCAUGUCUUGAAGGAAAUUUUAGCAAAGAAAUUUCCGAAUUCAUCAAUUACCAACGACAGUUUGUUCAAUCUUCAGUGGGUUUUCUCAACAACACGUGCAGAUUGAUAGACGGUAUUUUCCUUGAUCUUCUUGCGGAGAAACGGAAUAGAAUGAUUUGGGCAAUUGGGCCUUUACACCAGAUAAUACAUUCCAAGAACACAGAGUACUAUAAUUCCAAUAAUAAUGGCAAACACAAAUGCUUGUUGGAAUGGCUAGACAAGCAAGAGCCAAACUCUGUUUUGUACAUCUCUUUCGGAACAACAACUUCCAUAGGGGACCAUGAUGAACAACUUCAAGAACUUGCUAUCGGGUUGGAGCUGAGCGAGACAAAGUUCAUUUGGGUAUUUAGAGAUGCAGAUCAUAAAAAGGAUAAUGGUAAAAGAGUUGAACUUCCAGAAGGGUUCGAGGAGAGAAUGAGAGCGAAAGGGAUUGGAAUGGUGGUGAGAGAUUGGGCUCCACAGCUUGAAAUCCUGGAGCACAAAUCGACAGGUGGGUUUUUGAGUCACUGUGGGUGGAACUCUUGCUUGGAGAGCAUCAGCUAUGGAGUUCCUAUAGCAACAUGGCCAAUGCACACAGACCAACCCACCAAUGCUCUGCUCAUAACUAAGGUACUCAAAGUUGGACUGAAUGUCAAGGAAUGGGAACGAAGACAUGAGCUUGUGAGUUCGUCAACGAUUAAUAAAGCUUUGAGAAGGUUAAUGGGUCCAGAUGAAGGUGCUGAGAUGAGGAAAAGAGCUCAAGACUUGGGUGCCAAAGUUCGAAAUGCUACUGCUGAUGGAGGAGUUUCUCGCUUGGAAUGCGACUCUUUCAUUGCUCAUAUCACUCGGCAGACUUAAAUUGUUAGGUAUUUCACCUCUCGAUUACAUGUAAUCAAGCCUCAAUCCAUCAAUAUAAACUGUCCUAGCCUCAUCCAAUAAAAUAAAAUUAUACAUAUAUAAUAGUUUUGCUAUUCUUCUGGGUAUCGAGGCUUAUAUUUUGAUGUGUCACCUUCUAAUUACAAAUGUAAUUCAUAAACAUAUUGCGGGUAUUAUCUUAUCAUUAAAUUCCAUAUAAUAGAAUACCAAACCCCACCAUAUUGUGUGUGAAUAUUUAUGGUAACUAACUCUAUAUAUAUAUAUAUAUAUAUAUGAAAUUAAUAAUUUUAAUUUUAAUAUUCAA